GUGAUGCUGCGCGCUGUCUUCUCUCUAAAUGAGGAUUGUCUUUCCCCAGUUGGAACAGCGGCAGGGUUUCUCCACCCUUCCAGAGAGGAUCUGGGUUUUACUCAAGAAACAGCGGGGCGUCCGUGGGAUCUUCUCCAUCAUCAUCUUCCUCCUCCUCUGAGCUGGGGUCUGCGGCUGCUCCUGCAGCUCCAUCAUCCACAGCAGGAGAGCGUCUAACCACCGGGGCAUUUGCGCUACGACAUGUAUGAGUGAAUUCAUGCGGUGACACGAGAAGAGGAAUGGAGCUGCUGUCAAUGCAUUCCUGCAGACGCACCGACGGUCAUACGCUGCAGACUGUCUUUUAGAGAGAGGUGGAGGGGGGGGAUCUUCAUACGCAGCAGCCCAUCCAACACAUUGGCUUUUUUAUUCCAGCUAGAAGCGAUCAGUGUCGCCUUUCAUUCCAGCCACAACAAUGGGGGAGCAGCCCAUCUACAGUACGAGGGCCCACGUCUUCCAGAUCGACCCCAACACCAAGAAGAACUGGCUGCCCGCAAGCAAGCACGCCGUCACUGUGUCCUACUUCUAUGACAGCACGCGUAAUGUCUACCGGAUCAUCAGCCUGGACGGAACCAAGGCAAUAAUCAACAGCACCAUCAGUCCGAACAUGACGUUCACAAAGACGUCACAGAAGUUUGGCCAGUGGGCGGACAGUCGGGCAAACACUGUCUAUGGACUGGGCUUCUCUACCGAGCAUCAUCUGUCCAAGUUUGCAGAGAAGUUUGCAGAGUACAAAGAAGCAGCACGGCUUGCUAAGGAGAAGAGCCAGGAGAAGAUGGAGAUGGCCACGUCUCCUUCUCAAGAGUCUCCGGCGGGUGAGCUGUCCUCCCCUCUGACCCCUUUGACUCCCCCCAUGGAAAACAUCAACGGCACGGAUGAGAUCUGUGACACCACCCCCAACUCAGAGAGCCGUCCGGAGCCAGCGCAGAGCGCUCUAGCUUUUGCACACAGCCCGGCCAUGACAAAACACUGGGAGGCUGAGCUGGAGGCGCUGAAGGGGAACAACGCCAAGCUAACUGCGGCUCUGCUGGAAUCCACGGCCAACGUCAAACAGUGGAAACAGCAACUGGCUGCCUAUCAAGAGGAAGCAGAGAGACUACACAAACGGGUGACAGAGCUUGAGUGCCAAAGCAACCAAACCCCAGUGAUCAAAUCCCAAAAGACUGAGCUCAACCAAACCAUAGAGGAGCUAGAGAAUGCGCUGCGGGAUAAAGAAGAGGAAAUGGAGAAGCUGAAAGAAGAACUGGAAAACAUGAAUGACCUGAUGGAGCAGAAAGACACUCUGACUCAGAAGCUUGAGGAGACGGAGCUGCGCAGUCGGGUGCUGGAGGAGCAGCUAGCGGGAGCAGAGCAGCGACUGGAGGAGAACCAGGAAGAGCAGGAAAAUUUCAGAAAGAGCCUGCGGACGCUGCUGGAACUUCUCGACGGCAAGAUCUUUGAGCUGACGGAGCUCAGAGACACCUUGGCUCGUCUCAUAGAGGAAGCCAGCUAGAGACAGAAGGUCUCACCCUCCGCAGACAGAGCCAUAUGAUGAUUUAUUUACAGCCCCAGCACACAGACCAAUCCCACCUUCCAUACUUUUUCUUCUUGUGUACCCCUCACCUACAUAAAUCUGAGACACUGCACUGCCCCCACUUACAGUUUAAACACAAGGGGCAGUGGGUCCCUAAUUUUUACCUUGAGGGCAUCAGGUUUCUACCUACUGCAAGCACUCCUGUAGUUGAACACGAUGCAGGGACUACCUCAGCUUGCUUUCUGAUUGGCUGUUGUACCCUUGGUCAAACUGGUCAAGCUUAUUUGUAGAGAUGCCACACAUUAAAACAAACACAAAAAAAACUGUGCCUCAGCGCCAUCUGCUGUCUGAAUGGGAGAACUGCACCAUAGUGUGCAGCAUUUACUCAACACACACAUUGCACAUUAUUCCGCUCUAAACCGCCCAUCCAGUGGCAAAUGUUAAAAGUCAUGUGGAAAUAAUUGCCGUUAAGACCUAAAGAACUGCGCCAAAGCUGCCAAUUCCCCCCAAAAUAUUGUCCUCUAACAAGCAGAUGCUUUGAUCCAAAGUGACUUACUGUACAGAGAAGUUUUGAACAGAAGAACCCGCGUUUGAGCCCGGGCUGCCAGAGGAAUGUAACUGGGUAACUGCUUUGGCAUUGCUGCACAUCCCCAGCCUGAAUUCACAAGGAUGCUGGGAAAUGGAGUCUGAUAUCUAUCUAUUUUCUUUUAGUAGAAAUGAAAGUGUGUCCCCUACGAUAUUACAGAAUCCUAUGACGGAAAAGCAAUCAAUCUUCCAGAAGGCAAUUUUCAUGCAACACUAAAUUGUUUUGGUACUACAUCUUAAAUGAGACACGUGUAUCCAGACAGCUUCCACCAUCGCAGUAAACCUGACCUGUCUUCCUGCCAUACUCAGUGUGGCGUGUGUGUCCUGAAUGAGGCUUGACAUGAUGUGUGUUAUCAUUAAGGUGCAUCUCAAUAAAUUAUAAUAUCAGAGAUAUUAGUUUUUUUUCAGGAUUACAAAUACUAAAAAAAGACAAAAUUCUUAUUAAUAACAUUAAUUACAGAUUUAAAUCUUUCCUCAUGUCAUUUUUGAUGGCUUACAGAAAACACAACCCCAAAAAAAUAUUGGACUUAAGAAAAUUUAAAUACUACAUAAUACUAAGAAAAUAAUGAAGACAGAAAUGUUGUGAUUAAACACCCUGUAGCUUUCAUAUCCUGUCUCCCUUGUUUUGGUCUGAAUUUAAAAUACACCAUCGACUCUCAGUUGGGUUUGCUGGCUAAAUAAACUUAGUGAUAUUUUGGUUAUUAAGCAAGACUGUAAAACCUGCAUUAUACUGUACGUCAAAAUGUAUUUUAAAACACAACGCCUUUGUAUGAAAGUUUGACACAUAUUUAAUUUCUUUGAUGCUUACUUCCUGCAGAAGGCUAUCUGUAUCUUUAAUGAUCAAGAUGCUUGAGCACAGGGCAUGGAUAGGAAAUUUUAUAACAUAGAAAAAUAAGAUGUUAAGAACAUUUAGGGUAAAACAAAACUAAUAAAGUCUUUGCAAUAAUUAUAUUACAACUGAAUCUAUCAUAGGGACAUAUUUCCAAAAGGAAAGCAAAAAUAUUUCAUCCUAAAGAUCGGCUUUGGACCACUGAGUAACAGUCCUGGCACUUUUAUUUUGAUAGCUCAUUUAAUAUGCCUCUGAUUUUGUCUCUGGUUUAGAAGUUGUUUAAAGCGUGGAGUGAGAGAUUUAGCAUAUGUAGAUAUAUCUGCUUGCCCUGACUUCAGUGGCAAUCUAUACUUUAUAAAUCUCUGUACUGCUGAAAAGCUGCUUUUAAUCCUAUUUUAUCUAAGGUUGUGCUUAUCUCAGUUUCUAAUAUUGUGUUGUUUUUGCAGGUUGAAUUUUCUUAGCACGUCCUGAUAUGUAUCUGAUAUGGCCUCCAAGCUGAAGAUUUAAGGGAAAGUUUCCGCUUCCAGGUUUAACUUUAGUUCAGAAUCCAACAUGGCUACUAACUGAUAGCAAAUACAGUAGGUGAGAUCUUCUGACCUAUAGUGUCAAGCUUCAAUUUGUAAUACAAUAUGUGUUUUUUUUUUGUGUUUUUUUUAUGUUUUCAUUGCACUUAAUUUUUCUUCAAUGUAUUUGGAUUCAGUGCUUUAAAUAGACAGCUUCCUUAGAAAAAAAAAAUCUUUGGUGGCUUACACCUGCUGACACCUGGCUCUGUGACACCUAGUUUUUCUUAUGAUGCGGUAGGUUUAAUCAUAUUUCUGCAUUUAAUUUUUUUUAUUUACAUGUUAAAAAAAAGCACAAAAAAUGUAAUUAACUGCAAACCAUAAUCAUCAAAAUUGAAAAAAUCUGUGUAACAAAUCUGAGUUUCAAUAUGUGAUCAAUCAAAUUAAGUUAUGAUUUUGUGAUAUUUUAAUUUAUUGAGAUGAAUAUGAACUUGGGCACAUUUAUGCUGGUAGAGAGGCCUACACACACCCUUAUAUACACACACACACACACACACACACACACACACACACUGAGCAAUAUAAGACAGGCUCUGUACAAUCCCCCUGUCCAUCUCUAUCAGGUUCUCUACUCAGCGGACUCGUUGUCCUGAAAGAUCAGAUACAUUUCAGCUGAUACCCCGUUUCCAACAGAACGUGUACUAGUGACCGCAUUACUGUGUGGCAGCCCUAUGUGGUCCGAGUAGUGCAAACCGAAGGGCUUACAGAGCGUCAUCCUCAUGUCUGUAAAUCUCCACCCUCAGUGAAACUGGCCACUGAUUGUCACUCCUCACAGGUCAAUAUUAAGCCGUUCUCAGUUUCUUUUCUUUGUUUUUUUUAAGUGAAGAUACAAUACUGCUAAGAUGAAUAUAAAACUGUACAACACAACUUUCUUAUUCUUGCUGGCAUUGUAAAUGAAUGGAUGGACAAAUCAAAAUGCAGUAACACCCUGCAGUGGCUUAUUGUUGUGUAUUAACUGAUGGGUGGAAGCUUUUUGCUGCACAUUGGAGGAUUUAUAACACCAUGUAAUAAUGCAGUGAUACAAGUUUUAUACUCUUACUGUAUAAAAGCCAAUGUAAUGCCGGCAAAAACUUUAAUUUUCUUCCUUCAAAUUUCUACAGAGCUGUAUCUUCACAAGGUGCUGCUGGUCUUAUAACUAAGUGCCCUGUUUGCACUGUUAUUACACUGCUGUAAAUCCCAUUAUAUGCCAACAGAUUUGCAUCUAGCAUUAGCACAGUCAAAUGAUGUAGUUUAAUGACCCUAUGUAGUUAGUUACACAGGUUAAUACACUGGAAUAAGACUCAUGUAAAAGAGGGAAUGUUACUUAUUUUCUGUCUGCUGUGUGUGUCGAGUGGAGUGACAGAGAUGAAAUACUUUACUAUCAAUGCUAUUGUUAAUGAAUGCCUUUGUACAGUAGUGGAUAAAAUGCUUUUCAUUCUCCUGUUUUUUGUAACUUAUGGUAUUUCAGUGUAGGUAUCAACAUUGUAUUUACUGUAGAGGUAUGAGAAGACUGGCAAUAUUUUUGACUAUUUAAAGUAAUUUUGAAUUCCUGACAUUAAAGAGGUUCCUCAGGCUUAAAAAGAUUUCUUAGAUUGGUGAUAUUUGGGUGUUUGCAGGUAAAACAGAUCGAAAGACACAAAUGUUGAAUGAAAGCUGUUAUGCGGUUGGUGUGGAGAUAAAUUA